GGAAAAUGCCUCGCUACGAUGAUCGCCAUGGUGUUACAAGGCUCUAUGUUGGCCGCCUUUCUUCAAGGACCCGUUCACGUGACCUGGAGGAUCUAUUUAGCAGAUAUGGAAGGUUUAUGGGCUUUUGCCCAGCCUGGAGGUCUAUGGUGAGAGGUUGCCCUUGGUGGAAUUGGUCGCUUGUCUUGCAGAAUGUAUAGGAGACUUUGGCGAUUCUAUCUUAAUGUUAUUACAAUUUUUUUUGAUGGAAAUGGCAACAAUCUCAAACUGGUGUUAUAGUUCAUCUUUGAGGGGCGAAGUAUCAGUCCUUUGGUUCUAACGUGUUGAUGGCCUUACUGUUUGUGGCACCCAUUUACGCAGAGUACGUGAUGUGGACAUGAAGCGUGAUUAUGCCUUUGUGGAAUUUAGUGAUCCUAGAGAUGCUGAUGAUGCAAGAUAUAGCAUGAAUGGCCGGGAAGUAGAUGGAAGUCGUAUUAUUGUGGAAUUUGCAAAGGGGGUACCACGUGGUCCUGGUGGCUCCCGUGAUCGUGAUUAUCUUGGCAAAGGUCCAGCUCCAGGAACUGGGCGCUGCUUUAAUUGUGGAAUCGAUGGCCAUUGGGCUCGAGAUUGCAAAGCUGGGGACUGGAAGAACAAGUGCUAUCGAUGUGGUGAACGAGGCCAUAUAGAAAGGAACUGUCAAAACAGCCCCCAAAAGCUAAAACGCGGGCGCAGUUAUUCUCGAUCACCAUCUCCUCCUCGUCGUGGCAGGAGUCCAAGCCGUAGUUACAGCAGGAGCAGAAGCUACAGGUCAUAUUGGAUCAAAAUGCAUUUGGAAUGUGACCCUUUUUUUGGUAUAUACCGUGUGUUUGCAGCCGAUCGAGGUCUCCACCAAGGAGGGAUCGUAGCAACGAGCGUGAGGAGAAAAGAUCUAGGAGCCCUAAGCGUCACAGGGUAUCAUCUCCACCACCAUCCAAAGGGAGGAAGCACAGCCCAACACCUGAUGAGAGAAGCCCACGAGAGAGGGGCACUCCUUCACCAAGGGAUGGUAGGCCAGCCAAUGGCUCAGAGAAUAGUAGAAGCCCUAAAGAUGAUGCUCCAAGGGAUGAUGGUAUCAAAGAUAGGAGUCCUCUUGAAGAAAAUGGCCAUAGCCGAAGUCCUAGCCCCAUCCGUAGGGACAAUGGAAGCCCCGCUGAUAAUGAUGAAACCAAUGGUUCACCAAGGGGCAGUGAGUGAGAUAUGAAGUAUCUCAACUCUCCUUCAUUUCUGUGUAAUCUGUUUUGGGAGGUCUAUAUGUAUUAAUUUGGUGCUGGAACUCAUUAUCCCUGUUUCUAUGAGAUUUUAUACAAUCUAUUACAUUUGAAGAACGAUUUAAUCCACUUUGUUCUGUGUGUUGAUACGCCAGCCAAUUAGCCAAAUAAGUUGGCAGUUUGAUAAUACACUGAAUUUCUACUCC